AGGAGGUGUACCUAUAUCUACAUAAACAGAAGAUAUAAGGUUUCCUUUCGUUAUGCCUGAUUGGCUUUGGGAUAUGGAUUUCCUUCUACAAUUCCUUUCAGUAUGAAAUAGCUGAACUAACAGUGGGUGUGUUUCUCAUUUGUGUAUAUUUUAUAAAAAAAUUAGAUCAAUUCUCCUUAGUGGUUCUCGCCGAAAACUGGACAACAUGACUACCCACCAAGCUAGUGAAUCCACUCGAUUAUUGGCUCAUCAUACUAUAACCAGAUACCACCUUCAAUCAGACAUUUUUGACGGAACGCAGGAAGAGAGUUAAGCAGUUUCAAUGCUGUAUGUACACCCUUAUGCUGUCAAUACUGGCUGCAGGUUUAGUGAUAAUGUUCGCCUUUAGCGUUAACGUUGAUGAAGAUACACCAGCAGACAAUUCUUCAGUAGUUACGAAUACAUCAAACGAAAUAUUGCCUGAACUGGUACUUCUCAACAGAGCAUGGCCUUUACCAGAUCUGAUUCCAGAAAACGAUACCUGUGACGAUACUACUUGGUCAGAGGCAAUAGAGGCAGGGAUGCAAGGUUUGAAAGAAAAAGACGAAAUAGAAAAGACAGUACCAAGCCUAGAAGUUAGGAGUCCAAGUUAUAGACAUCAAAAAGUUACUGCAACGUCAGAUAAAGGCAGGAACAUGUCCAAAAUUGGAUACAUAGAAGAAUACGCUACCAGAUUCAUACAUAGAAAUAAAACGAACAACAACUUAGUGAAAAAGAUCUGUAAAAAUAGCAACCUUCCUAACAGUUGCUGGCUCACACAGUUGGAAUGUAACAGGCUUCAUAAAUAUAGAUCAUAUAAUGGGACUUGCAAUAACCUAAGCCAUCCAACGUUGUAUGGGGUAGCAUACACCCCUUUCAGGAGACAGUUGCCAGCAGACUACGCUGAUGGAAUCAGUCGUCCAAGGGUAGGAAAAAAUGGGUCAUCUCUGCCAUCAGCCAGGACAGUGAGUCUGGCCGUGCACAGACCACAUUACAGAGAUGACCCGAAGUUUUCAGUUAUGUUGGCCAUUUGGGGCCAAUUCCUAGACCAUGACAUUACAGCUACGGCCUUGAGUAACAAAGCCAACGGAUCCACGAUUUCUUGUUGUGAUCUGGUAGGGUCAAUCACAUCGCCAGAAUGUUUCCCAGUUAUUUUGGAUCCCGAAGAUCCGUUGAGGUAGGGAGUAUAACAUGACUUGCAUGGAGUUCGUCAGGAGUUCUCCCGCCCCCACUUGUUGCUUGUCAGCCAGAGAACAGUUGAAUCAAGCCACAGCUUACAUUGACGCGUCUACCGUCUAUGGCUCCGACGAAAACAUCACUCGUUCUUUAAGGGAAAUGGGAGGAGGAAGAAUGAAGGUACUGACUUUGGUGGACGGAAGAACACUGCUCCCUAUUUCAGAAGAUCCUAACGAUGGCUGCAAUAGGGAAGAACAGGAGAAGGAGGGAAGGUACUGUUUUGCAACAGGUGACGCUCGCGCAAACGAAAAUUUACAUUUAACCAGCAUGCACCUGAUUUGGCUUAGACAGCACAACAUGCUAGCAAAAAACUUAUCCCAACUCAAUCCUCACUGGGACGAUGAAACUAUUUUCCAGGAGGCAAGAAGAAUAGCAGGUGCACAGAUGCAACAUAUUACUUACCAAGAGUUUUUACCGAUAUUACUUGGUGAGAAACUCAUGAGAAAGCUGGACCUACAGCCUUUAAGGAAGGGCUACUGGCAGAAUUACAAUUCCUCACUAUCUCCAAAUAUAGCGAACAACUUCGCAUCGGCCUCUUUCAGAUUUGCUCACUCCAUCAUACCGGGACUGAUGAAGUUACUUGCAGGAAGAAACGCAACUCCGGAAUUCGUGCAGAUGCACAAGAUGCUGUUCAAUCCUUUCGAGUUAUACCAAAAAGGCAGGUUAGACGAAACGCUUAGAGGAGCUAUGGGAACAUCUAUUCAGGCUAGCGACCCGUACUUUACAGAUGAGUUAAAAUCACACAUGUUCGAAGAUUCAGUAGAACGCAUGAAACAACCAAAGCUCUGCGGACUUGAUUUGGUAUCGCUGAACAUUCAAAGAGGUAGGGACCAUGGACUUCCGGGUUAUGUGUUUUGGAGAGAAUACUGCGGUUUCAAGAGACUCGCAGAUUUUGAGGAUCUAAGGCAAUUUAUGAAUGAAGACGUUUUGGUAAACAUCAAAGCUAUUUACAGACAAGUAGAUGACAUCGACCUUUACACAGGAGCUCUGAGCGAGGUUCCUCUAGAAGGCAGCAUUCUGGGACCUACUCUGACCUGUCUGAUAUCUGAUCAAUUCGUUCGCUUGAAAUACGGGGACCGAUUUUGGUACGAAACUGACCAGCACCCAGUUGCAUUUUCCACUGAACAGUUGAGACAGAUCAGGAAAACCUCUUUAGCCAACAUUAUUUGCGACAAUGCUGACAAUCUGGAUGUUAUACAGCCUAAGGUGAUGGAGAAGCUGGGAAAAGGAAAUAAGUAUGUCAACUGUUCAGAAAUAGAAAGGCCAAACCUAAGCGCGUGGAAGGACGAUCUAAACCACGUUAAAUUGUUUGAUGAUAAGACUAACGUAAGAGUGUUAAAUUUAGUCGUAGGUUAAGGGACAUAUCUCACUUAUUAAUGUGUCAGCGUGCAUCUAUUAAAAAAAGAUCAUAAGAUAGACAUUACUGUGGUAUGUUAUAUACAUGUACUUUGUUCGUAUAUAUCUCUACAUAGUUUAAAACAGAUAAUAAAUGUUUGAUUUUGAACAAUAGCUAAUAAAUCUCU